AUGGAGUUUCAUCUAGAACACCCUCUCUCUCACCAUAACUUCAACGAAGACGAAACAAACGACGAAACUUUACCACUCUCUCACUUCUUUGUCGAAUUUCAACACAUGCCUUCUUCUCAUUACUUUCAUAGCCUCAAAUCCUCUGCUUUUCUUCUCUCUAAUCGAAACAACUCCAUUUCUUCAAUAAUUCAGUAUUCCAGAAAAUUCAACGACCCGUCUUUGACGUAUCUUGCAGUGAAUUAUCUAGACAGGUUCUUGUCCAGUGAAGAUAUGCCGCAAUCAAAGCCAUGGAUUCUCAAGCUUAUCUCUCUUUCUUGUGUCUCUUUGUCUGCUAAAAUGAGGAAACCAGACAUAUCUGUUCAUGAUCUUCCGGUGGAAGGUGAGAUAUUUGAUAGUCAGAUGAUAGAGAGAAUGGAGAAUGUGAUUUUAGGAGCUCUGAAAUGGCGAAUGCGUUCUGUCACGCCUUUCUCGUUUUUCGCCUUUUUCAUUAGUCUCUUUGAUCUCAAAGAAGAUCCUUUAGUAGUACUAAAACAUUCACUCACAUCUCAAGCCACUGAUCUUACUUUCACUCUUCAACACGAUAUCAAAUUCCUCGAGUUUAAACCAUCCGUGAUUGCAGGCGCAACACUUCUCUUUGUUGCUUCUGAGCUGUGUCCUCUACAGUUUCCAUGUUUCAGUAACAGAAUCUGUCAAUGCACAUAUGUAAAUAAGGAUGAGUUAAUGGAGUGUUACAAAGCAAUACAAGAGAGAGAUAUAGUUGAAGAAAACGAAGGAAGCAAUGAAACAGAAGUAAAUGUGCUUGAUCAGCAAUUCUCGAGCUGCGAAGAAAGCGAUAAGAGCAUCACAAUCACAGCUUCUUCACCAAAGAGAAGAAAAACAAGUACUCGUCCAUGUUAA